AUGUCCUCCAGAAAGAAAAGACAGUCUCUAGCUGAGGCACCAUACCGGCCUCAUCAUAAUCCUACGAGUCUUCCAAGUACUUCUCGUCGCAGCUCACGACGUAACACAUUGUUGAUACCUCAAUCUCCAAGCACAGGUAUAGAUGAGGGUGGUGUUAACGAAUCGCCUCAUGAUUUCGAUAAAACUAUCACAACUUUGAAAUCAGCAGCAGAAUCUGUAACGGUUCGAGUUUGGCAAGAGACAGCAGACGAGCAAGCACGGGCGAUUCAAGCUAUGAGGUCUGCCAUUGAUAUCAAAGAUUCCCGAAUUCAAAAGAUGCAUCGAAAGAUUGGGAGACGUGAUAAGACUAUAGGGAAGCUGAUGAGACGAAUGGAUCGCACCAAAAUGGCACUUUCAAAAGCCACCUGGCCAAAGUUUGAAGCAACGAUGGGAAUGGCAAUGGGAAUGGGAAUUGAGGAUGAGGAGAGGUUGAGCACGUUGAGGAGCAAAACUCCGGCUUCAGUAACUGGGCUUUGCACAGAAUGUGGAGAGAAUUGUUCUCGUUUGGUAAAAGAGAAUCAACAACUGAGAGAUAGAUUAUAUGAGGUCGAUGGGCUAUGUAUAAGACUCAGGAAUGAGUGUAGCAAGUUGGAUAUCAAAAUUAGGGGACUGGAGAGUAAUUGA